GCAAUACGAGGAGAGAGAGAGAGAGAGAGAGAGAAGAGAGAGAGAGUGAUAAGCCCAAUAGAGCGAGAGAGAAGGGAGAGUCCAAUUUCCACUGAAAUUUUUAUUUUCGAUUUUCCAAAUUUCGAAAACCCAAAAAGCAUUCUCUCACUCACUCUCUCAACCCUCUGCUUUCUCUCUGGCUCUUCAAUGGCGGUCAUGGAGCUCGAAGAGCCCAAAAAACGAAAACGCAGGACUCACAAUCGACGAAAGCUUCUCGUUGGUGCCCAAGUUGAGGUGAGGAGUGUAGAAGCUGGGUUUCAGGGGUCAUGGCACCCCGGGAUUGUCAUUGCAUGCAAUAAUCAAGGUCAUCGUCAAGUUCAAUACGAACAUCUUCUAUGUGACGAUGAGUCUGGUAAUCUGGUUGAUGUUGUGUCUGUUUCACCCAUUUUGGAUGGCAUUGGUUCAUUCACUGGGAACGGGAGUAACUAUCGCGGGUGUAUAAGGCCAACGCCACCUCACAUUCAGCCAGGGGAAUGGGACCUUCCCUAUGGACUCUGUGUGGAUGUGUUUCAUGAGGACGGUUGGUGGGAAGGUGUCAUCUUCGAUCAUGAAGAUGGUUCGGAGGAGAGAAGGAUCUUCUUCCCGGAUUUGGGUGAUGAAUUAAAUGCUCGGAUUGACACUAUCCGAAUUACUCAUGACUGGGAUGAGGUUACUGAGAAUUGGAAGCGACGCGGUACUUGGGUGUUACUUGAGUUGCUUGAGAAAUAUGAUAACGAGAGGUACAUUGCUGUUUCUGUGAAGCAAAUUUGGUAUGAUGUGCGAGAAAAAAAGGGAUUUGAGAAUGUCAAGGAGUGGACUUCUCCAAUGAGACAUCUGUGGGAAGAGUUGGUGUUGGAGGUCAUUGAUGAUAACAUAAGCAUCACAGUUGAUGAACUAUUAGGUGUUUUAGACAAGUCAGGAUGCUUGUCACUAGAAACCCAGGUAGAAUUGGAGUCAGCUCAUUUGUCCUCUGAUGCUAAUAUGAAUUGUAAAGAAAAUAUGGUUGACUCUUCAGCUAUUGUACCUGUCCACAACCCGCUGUAUAGAGAUCCAUUAGUUGGUCAUGAAGAUACUUUCAAGAAUGUAAUGAACUGUGUACUGAACUGCAAUGCUGAGUUUAUUGAUGAACAAGAUGUAGAUGGGGGUUUGUCUAUUAAUCCAGACUCUGCCUGCGCGCAGCAGGUUCACGAGAAAUCUUAUAUGGCUAAAUUGAUCUCUGCGGCAGGGGAUGACAUACCAGAUAUGAAUAGUUUGGAGUGCUCAAAUAUAUUUUUCCAAAAUAAAGAAGUGUCUGUUCUACCUCAGGUUUUGUCAGCAUUUCCUUCUAAUCUUGAUGGGAAUUCUUGUGUCAAUUCUGGUAUCAGAAAUGGUGGAAUUCGUAGUUUUAAUUCCAGAAGCAAAAGUACCCUUAAUUGGCUACCUUUCGACCCUCAAGCUAUAUAUUGCCCUGACUCUGUUGACGAAUAUUUGAAUAAGCGUUCUAAUUUCAAAGUGACAGCUGUUAGGCAGCAUCUUCAAUAUUUGGGGUGGAAAAUGGAAUUUGCAAUCGAUAAGGGCUGCUACAGAUACCGGUACUUGUGUCCUGACGGAGGAGAAUACGAGUACUCUCUUUUUCAAGUGUGUAAGAAGUUGAAGAAACCCAAGAGAGAUACACCUUCAAUCUCUGAAGAUGCAACCCAGGGUUUGCAUUGUUCAGAAGAACAGACUCUUCUCAUUGAACAACCACAAGAGAGUCAUCAUCCUAGUUAUUGUCCUCAGAUGUCAGGGUCUUCUUACCACGAAGAAUUUAUUUACAAACCUGAAUAUUGCCACGAAGCAGUUGUGGAAUAUUAUAACCAUGCAAUGGCCAAGGGACCGAAGAAGAAAGUACGAAAAAUGGUAUCAAAAGCAAAGAAGCACCUCUCAGCUGUUGGGUGGGUGUUCUUGUACGCAAGUAGAAAGUCAAAGAACUUGUGCUACAAAUCACCCAAGGGAGUGGUGCAUUUUACACUUUAUAGUGCAUGCAAAAGCUGUAUGGAUGGAGAUUUUGUAGAGAGACCUGCUGAAUGCAUGUAUGUCAUUGAGGAAGACGAGGGCCAGUCCACUAGAAACAGAAUAUGCUCUACAGCAAGUAAUUUGGUUAAUCAUGAAGGCUUGGUACCAUCGAAAACACUGUCCAAAAAUUGGUCUAGAGAUGCUGUUAGCAUGUCACAGGCAAGUAAUCUUGUGGAGAUUGGUAAUGUGAAAGUUCAUGGUAGUAGAAAAUGCCCAAAAAAGAGAAAAUAUGGACCAACAGAGUUAAUAGGUGAUGAAAAACUAAGAUGUCUAAAGGAUCAAUGUGCCAACCCUCCAAAGUUGAAAAGGAGAAAGGGAUCUGGAGCUUUGGAUGGGUUAAGAGAUGAACUGGGUGGUAGUCAGCCAACUCGUGUGCUCAGGUCAAGCAAACGGGUGCAGGAAGCAACCUCCUCACACAAGAAUCCUCGCAAUGUCUUAUCUUGGUUGAUAGACAAUAACAUGGUUUCUCCAAGGGAAAAAGUAAAUUAUCGGAGCACAAAGGAUAGUCAUCCAAUGAAACAAGGGAAGAUAACUCGUGAGGGGAUCAGGUGCAGCUGUUGCACAGAUGUGUAUACUCUUAGUUCCUUCGGGCAUCACGCUGGCUGUAGUAACCACAGACCUUAUGCCAAUAUUUUCUUGGAAGAUGGUAGGUCUCUCUUAGAUUGCCAGGUGCAAAUUAUGCAUGAAAGAAGGGAGAGGAACUUCCGGAAACAACCACAUGAUAGGAUGAAGGGCAAUUGGCGCCGAGGUGAGAACGAUUACAUUUGCACUGUGUGUCACUUUGGUGGUGACCUAAUUUUAUGUGAUCAAUGUCCAUCAUCAUUUCACAAGAAAUGCCUUGGCUUGAAGGCUGUUCCAGACGGUGACUGGUUCUGUUCAUCUUGUCGUUGUGGAAUUUGUGGCCAAAUGAACUUUAAAGAAGAGAAAGAGUCUAUUGUGGACGAUAAUUGUGUUCUCACCUGUGGUCAAUGCGAGCAUAAAUAUCACAAAGGGUGCCUGAGAAAAAGAGGUGCAGAAGAAAACGAAAGUGAUCCACAAGGAAACUGGUAUUGCAGCAAAAGCUGUAAAAAGAUAUCUUUCAACCUCAACGAGCGUUUAGGAAAACAAAUUCCAGUGGGUGAUGACAAUCUAUCUUGGUCACUGUUGAAGUUCAAUAAGUGUGAUACCCAUGCUACCGAUGAACAUGAUACUGAUGAUGCCUUGACGGAGUGUUAUAGCAAGCUUAAUGUUGCUCUUGAUGUGAUGCAUGAGUGUUUUGUGCCUGUUAAGGAACCUCUUACCAGGAGAGAUCUUGUAGAAGAUGUCAUCUUCAGUAGAGGGUCAGAUCUUAAUCGCCUGAACUUCCGAGGGUUCUAUACUGUGCUUUUGGAGAGAAAUGAUGAAUUAAUCACCGCGGCUACUGUAAGGAUUUUUGGAGACAAAGUGGCAGAAUUACCUCUUGUUGCUACCAGAUUUCAAUAUCGUCGGCUUGGAAUGUGUCGUAUAUUAAUGGAUGAACUUGAAAAGAUGCUUAUGGAAUUAGGUGUGGAGAGAUUGGUUUUGCCCGCCGUACCAAGUGUGCUAAACACGUGGACGACAUCAUUUGGGUUCUCAAAGAUGACACCUUCCGAGAGGCUAAAGUUUCUGGAUUAUACUUUCCUUGAUUUUCAGGGUACCAUUAUGUGUCAGAAACUGUUAAUGAAGAAUGCUCCAGCUGAAGCAAGGCCAUUAAAAAGAACCGUGCUUGAUCUUUACGGUGAUAUCUGUGGAAGUUGUGAUAAUACUGACGUUGAUAUGUCCAUUACCGUCUCUGAAGUGUAUCAACCAGAACCAAUUGAGGAUGGCAGAAUUGCGUGCCAAGGAGUAGAAAACGCUGCAGGUAAUAAAAGUAGACCAUGCGCGGGUGAGAGCAAUCCAGAAUUUUCCUCCUUCGAGGAUGCUGACUGCAACAAAGUAUCUCGCAAGUACUACAAGCAGUACAAGCGGAGGAGGAUAUCAACCAAAAGAAUCCAAGUUAUGCUACAUGACCUCACGCUACAUGAUCAAAAUAAAUGUGGUCAGCUGUGCAGUGUCUAGUAUUUAACCGGCCGCAGUUGCAUAGAGUUAGUAUGAGCCCUGAAUUUUUGUUCCUGGACAUACAAGGGGAGAGCUUCGGUGUCGGUGUUCAUAUGUUGGCAGUCCUGUCAACUGACAACUUAGAAGUUAGAAGGGGAAGGUAUAACUUGGAUAGAUACAGGGCUCUUUUUGUCUACUGAACGUUGGAUUAGAGAUGUAUUUAUCAUCUGUAUGCAUGCAGCUUGAUCAUGUUUAUAAAAUAAGUUCAAGGCUUGCCAAACUAA